AUGGCCAAUGGGACUCAAAUCCAUGAGAGGGUGCCUGAGAAUCUGAGGAAACAGUUUGCUGUUGCUGUGAGGAGUAUUAAGUGGAGCUAUGCAAUUUUCUGGUCAUUGUCAACAACUCAACAAGGGGUGCUGGAAUGGGGUGAAGGGUAUUACAAUGGAGACAUCAAAACCAGGAAGACGGUCGAAGGAAUAGAACCUAAAGCUGAUAAAAUAGGUUUGCAGAGGAAUGAACAACUUAGAGAGUUGUACAAGGCUCUCUUAGAAGGUGAGUCGACAGAUCAACAAGCCAAAGUGCCUUCUGCUGCAUUGUCUCCGGAGGAUCUCACGGAUGCGGAGUGGUAUUACUUGCUUUGCAUGUCAUUCGUGUUCAAUAUUGGCGAAGGUCUGCCAGGAAGAGCAUUAGCAAACGAGAAAAGCAUUUGGUUAUGCAAUGCUCAAUAUGCAGAUAGCAAAGUAUUUUCUCGUUCUUUGCUAGCAAAGAGUGCUUCUAUUCAGACUGUGGUCUGCUUUCCCUAUCUUGGAGGUGUUGUUGAGCUAGGUGUCACGGAGCUGGUAGCGGAGGACCCUAGUCUCCUUCAACACAUCAAGGCUUCCUUACUAGAUUUCUCAAAGCCAGAUUGCUCCGAGAAAUCUUCCUCUGCUCCUCACAAAGCAGAUGAUGAUUCAGACCAAUUUCUUGCCAACAUUGUAGGCCAUGAAAUAGUUGAUACAUUGGGUUUGGAGAACCUGUAUUCCCCUUCACAAGAACUCAAAUUUGAUCAGAGUGGAAUUAAUGGAUUACGUGGACAUGAUGAAGAGUUCAGCAUGGGAUCUGCUGAUGAAUGUUCCAAGGGAUGUGAGCACAAUCAUCAGACAGAUGACUCCUUUAUGCUUGAAGCUGUCAAUGGUGGGGCUUCUCAAGUUCAGAGUUGGCAUUUCAUGGAUGAUGAUUUCAGCAAUGGAUUUCAAGAUUCCAUGAAUUCUAGUGAUUGUAUAUCAGAAGCUUUCGUGGGAAAGGCUCAUUCUUCUACUAUACCUGAGAAUAAGAAUCAUAGUCAUUUAAAAGAACUUCAGAACUUCAAUGAUACAAAGUUCAGCUCCUUGGGUCUUGGACCAGCUGAUGAUCAUUUACACUACAAACAAACUGUUUCUGCUAUUCUGGGGAGCUCGAUGCGGAUAAUUGGAAACCCAUGCUUUUGCAGUGGAGAUAGAAAAUCUAGUUUCGUGCAAUGGACAAAAGGUGCUGUUCAUUAUUGUAGGCCAAAAGCUCAACAGAAACUGUUAAAGAAGAUUUUGUUUACAGUUCCACUGAUGAUGAGUGGUGGCUCUCCUAGUCCACAAAAAGAAUCUACUACAAACUCCAAAUCAGAAAGUGAUGAUGUGCACGAGAAAUUGAUAGAGAAUGAGAAGUUGAUGGUUCUGAGGUCAAUGGUUCCUUCUAUGACUGAGAUUGACAAGGCAUCGAUCCUCGAUGAUACAAUUAAGUACUUGAAAGAGCUUGAGGCAAGAGCAGAAGAGAUGGAAUCUUGCAUGGACACUGUGGAAGCAAUAGCUAGAAGGAAGUUCCUAGAUAGGGUAAAGAAGGCAUCAGAUAACAAAACAAAGACUGGCAAUGCUAAAAAGCCUUCGAUAAACAAGCGGAAGGCCUGUGACAUUGAUGAAACUGACCCGGAACUUAAUAGGCUUGUCUCCAAAGAAAGCUUACCACUCGAUGUGAAUGUCAGUGUAAAAGAGCAGGAGGUUCUGAUAGAGAUGAAAUGCCCUUAUAGGGAAUACAUCUUGCUUGAUAUAAUGGAUGCUGUUAACAGUCUGUACUUGGAUGCUCACUCAGUGCAAUCAUCCACCCUCAAUGAUGUUCUCACAUUGAGCCUUAAAUCAAAGUUUCGAGGAUCAGCAAUCGCACCGGUGGGGAUGAUAAAACAAGCGCUUUGGAAAAUUGCUGGUAAGUGUUAAAAAGCCAGAAAAUAACAAAAUGGCUUGUACUUGUAGGUUUUAGCCCUUGAAUAAGCUAGCUUCUUGAAGUUAAAUAUGUAGUAGUAACAGAAGCACUUUGAUCUGCUUCUUAGCUUGCAUUCCUUUUCUACUGAAGCUUUUUCACUAGAUAAGAAUCUUCACCAAUGACUUUGAUCUGAUGGGGAAAUCAGAAAUAGAUCAUCCAAUGUAAUCUGUAGAUCUAGUAAUUGUCUUUAUGUUUUAAGAUUAGAAGUUCUUAUUUGUUGCUACUCAAAGAGUUCCACUGGCUAUCUAUUAAGAACUGUUCAAAA